AUGGCUGCCAGUAAUUCAAAAAAACGGGUCAUUAGACAAGAACCAGGUUAUAGAAAGAAUGAACCGUAUUUUACACAAGUCGAUAGCGUCUUGCCGAGUGAAUACGACCCGAAAAACCGAUCUGGACUAUCGAAUCAUGACAAUCAAGUAAUUCAUUCAGCUGAUUCUUUACCAUCAUCAAGACAAAUUGUAGUUGUACGAAAUCCAAAAAAUCCAAAUAUAAAUCUACCAGUACGAGCUGAUUUCGGUGAUUUAAUACGACCAAACUCAGCUACACUACCAGUUUCACAGCAACAGACGCCGCAAAAAACUGUUUACGUUAUACGUCGACCAAUACCUCCUAAUCCUGCUCAACCUCCGCCACCUCAGUCAAAUGUCACACGUUCACACAAUCCAGCAAAUAUUGUUAUUGUAGAUCAAACUCAGGGACGAUCAAGAGGUCGUUCACCAAGCCCGGUAUUAGAACAGCCACCAGUAAAAGUUGAAACACCUGUUCCUCCAGCAGAAGAAAACAUUGAUACAACUGAAGCAAACAGAUCUUUAAACGUACAUUUUCGGCGCCCUUCAACACCGUAUGCAAGAGUUGAUGAUAAAAUACCAAAAGAAACCCCUCGAAAGAAAGUUUCAUUGCGAAAAGUGAAAAAUACUACCGUUCAAGUUAGCCCACCAUCGUCUCCAGUAGACAACAAAACUCAAAUAAAGCAACAAAAAGUAACAUUUGUUGACGAUGAUGAAACUAUAUCGGAUAAUGUCAAAUCUAUCGUACUUGUUAAUCCUGAAAAACAGUCUAUCGCUGUUAUUGAAAAUCCUUACGUCAACGGUGUUUCUAUUAGAGAGAAACGAAAGACGAAUAUACACGACGAAACACAGACUGAAAACCAUCGCCAUAGUCUGAUAUCUCACGAAACAAUUAAAGUACAUAAGCAAACAUGUAUGCAAGUUGCAACAGCCUGUUGUUCACGAAGAAUUUGUUUAAUUAUUGUUUUAUGUUUAAUAUUGGCGUUAAUCGCCUUAGCUGGUUUGGCAGUUAGUCUCUACUUUCUGUUCACAGAUACGACUGAUUUUACUUCGGAAAUCGUGGGUGUGGCUGUUUCUGGCGUAUUAUUUAUUGUGGCGAUGUGUGUGAUGUAUAUAAUACUAGCUUGUGUUGGUGUACGUGAAGGUUAUUUCCUAACAAAUAGAAAAUAUGUGGGCGGCACUGCAUAUGCUUUAAUACCGCCAACACAUCCAAAUGCUUCACGGUAUGUUCCAGAAGAAUACUGGAAAAUGGUUGAAGAUAGCUAUAGAAACAAUCUAGCUUAUCAUCCAGAUGCGCAUUUUCAUCAGCGUCAUCAACAAAAAACGCCCGCAUCGUAUGUAAGUAACGUCGAUAGUACAGAGGUUCGACGUAAACAACAGGAGACACAAUAUUAUCAAGAUCACCGAUUACAUCACCCACAACACGUUCAACUCAAUCCAAGCGUUCAAUACCACCAACCACAACAAGUUGAACUAAAUCCAAGCGUUCAAUAUCACCAACCACAACAGGUUGAAUUAAAUCCAAGCGUUCAACACCAUCAACCACAACAAGUUCAACCAAAUCCAAGCGUUCAGGUUGAACUAAAUCCAAGUGUUCGCGAACAACAACAAAUUGAGUUAAAUCCACGUGUUCAGAGACAAAAAGAUAAGAAUUUUAUUAUAGAAAUGCCUGAAAAACUUUUGACAGGAAGAAAAAUAUCGCCUAGAUCACGUGAACGAAGUUUAAAAAAGGUUGUUACUGAUAUUGGGUAUAUCGUCGACGACGCCAAAAAACGUUAUAACGGAGAUGUGCCGAAUAAAGUUAUUGUUCAAGUGGAUAAGAAAACACAACAAUGA